CACUCCAGCUGCAAGCCCCUUUCACGCCCAGCACAGGUGGGCCAAGGCAGGCGCGCUAACCGUCUGCCCCAGGAGGAUGAGGAGGGGACACUGGCCUCCGCUGCAACCGCCUAGGUCCGAGCAGAGGACUGGGUGUGGGCAAGAUGGCCCUGGUGCCGUAUGAGGAGACCGCGGGAAUGGGGUUGCAGAAAUUCCACAAGCCUCUUGCCACCUUCUCCUUUGCAAACCACACGAUCCAGAUCCGCCAGGACUGGAGGCAUUUGGGAGUCGCAGCAGUGGUUUGGGAUGCGGCCAUCGUUCUUUCCACAUACCUGGAGAUGGGAGCUGUGGAGCUCAGGGGCUGCUCUGCUGUGGAGCUGGGUGCUGGCACAGGGCUGGUGGGCAUAGUUGCUGCACUUUUGGGUGCUCAUGUGACUAUCACCGAUCGAAAAGUAGCAUUAGAAUUUCUUAAAUCAAACGUUCAAGCCAACUUACCUCCGCAUAUCCAACCCAAAGCUGUUGUUAAGGAGCUGACGUGGGGACAAAAUUUGGGGAGUUUUUCACCUGGAGAAUUUGACCUGAUACUUGGAGCUGAUAUCAUAUAUUUAGAAGAAACAUUCACAGAUCUUCUUCAAACACUGGAACAUCUCUGUAGCAACCACUCUGUGAUUCUUUUAGCUUGCCGAAUUCGUUAUGAACGGGAUAACAACUUCUUAGUGAUGCUGGAGAGGCAGUUUACUGUGAGUAAGGUUCACUAUGAUCCUGAAAAAGAUGUACAUAUUUACAAAGCACAGAAGAGAAACCAGAGUGAGGACUUAUAGUUGGUUGUUAUUGUGUCAAUUAAGGUCUUAGACUGGGAAUCUAAUCAUAUUUAAAUGAAGUGGCUUACUGCACAAAAAAGUCUUAACCAAAGGUUCUCAAGGGACAGAGCAUAUGUACAGUUUUAGAACAAAGCUUUUUCACAUUGCUGUGAUUUUUAGUCAUAUUUUACUCACUCUGAAGUUCAAUUAACAUUAAAGGAAAGUGUGAGAUUUUGGUUUGUGUUUCUGUAUCCCAUGCUGUUCCCUCUUGAUAAACAAUACUUAUUGAUGAUAUGAUGAAGGACUGGUAUAAAGGUGUCUUUCAACUA